AUCUGCAUGGAGAUCGAUGAGUUUAGCCAUAAUUAAAGAAAAUGAAGACCGGUGGUGAGCUAGUCUUGUUGAUUUGUUUGAUCGUGGCCUGUUUUAAUGGUAGAGGUCGGUCGCAGCGGCUGCCUCAGCCCCAGCCGCAGCAGUCUCAAGUACCAUGCUUUUACAUCUUCGGUGACUCCUUAGUGGACAAUGGGAAUAACAAUGGUAUGGUCACACUUGCUAGGGCUAAUUAUAGGCCCUACGGCAUCGAUUUCCUCGGGGGUACCACCGGUCGUUUCACUAAUGGUCGAACUUUUGUUGACGCUCUAGCUCAACUUAUGGGGUUUGCACGCUACAUUCUUCCCUACUCAAGGGCUCGUGGCCCUGAAUUGUUGCGCGGAGCCAAUUAUGCCUCCGGCGCUUCUGGUAUUCGCGACGAAACAGGCAACAAUCUGGGAGCCCACACAUCGAUGAACGGACAGGUCGCGAACUUUGCGAAUACGGUGGUGCAAAUGAGGAGGUUCUUUAGAGGAGACACCAAUGCUUUGGGCAGCUAUCUAAGCAAGUGCAUAUUCUAUUCUGGUUUGGGAAGCAAUGAUUAUCUUAACAACUAUUUCAUGCCAAGCUUCUACACAACCAGCUCUGAUUUCACCACCAAAGCUUACGCGGCUGCACUUAUUCAGGACUACACACGCCAGCUAACCGUAAGUUUUCCAGCUCGAAAGGUGAUCGUAACAGCAGUUGGACCAAUCGGAUGCAUACCGUAUCAACUAGCUCGGUACCACGGUAAUAGCAGCCGCUGCAAUGAAGAUAUAAACAAGGCAAUCGUUAUUUUCAACACCGAGCUAAGGAAGGUGGUUGAUCGUUUCAAUGGCGGCCAACUACCAGGAGCGAAAUUUGUUUACCUUGAUUCCUACAAAAGCAGCAUGGAUCUUUAUCAAAAUGGUUCUGCUAACGGGUUUGAAGUAAUAGACAAAGGAUGCUGCGGAGUGGGAAGAAACAAUGGGCAGAUAACAUGUCUUCCCCUUCAACAACCUUGUACAGAUCGAAGGAGAUACCUGUUCUGGGAUGCCUUCCAUCCGACCGAACUGGCCAACAUCUUAUUUGCACAGUCUGCCUAUGGAUCACAGGCUUAUACUUACCCUAUAAACAUACAGCAAUUGUCCUCCCUCUAAAACCUCAUGUUUUCUUUAAUUCAAGUUGUUAAUUAAUUUAUGUUUUAGUGAAUGCAAUUUGGCUUUGGAUUGUGAAUUUAUCACCAUUGAUUUUGGGUUUACAA